CUUGACAGCCGUACACUCAAAUGAGAGCUACAAGUUUAAAAGAAAUGUUGCUGAUAACCUUUCUUUCUCUGGUGUGCUGUAGCCUCGCUUUUGACACUUGCAUUGGAGCAAACAAACACAAGAUUCUACAAGUUCCUUAUCAAAUAGAAGCUAAUGUUGGGGAAAAUGCUGUCAUCAAUUGCACUGUCCGUCAGCCUGGAACAAAUGGAACCAAUGUGAGGAAACGUUUCGAGAAAAUAAUUUUCAUUGGGCCGAACGGCAGUUAUAAACUUCCAAAAUACAAUGAUCGUUUAUCAUGUUCUGGAAAUAAUUCACACUUCAGUAUAACAUUAAAGAAUCUCACAGUAAAUGACUCUGACAUUUAUCUAUGUGAUACAUUCGUGAUAAAUUCUGAAAUCUGCGCCCAUGGAACUUUACUGAUUGUGCGCCCACCAGUCGGAAAUGUAAUACAUGAAGAUAAAAGUACAACCAAAGAGGCAGAAACCUGCACAAAAAACACAUUUGCUCCUACUCCAUAUAUCGUCACAAUAUCAGCUAUGCUCGUUCUCUUUGUGGCUGUUUUUGUAUAUAUGAAACUCAAAAAAUCUAAAGAAAAACAAAACUUCAAUCAGAACACGUAUGUGGACAUGAGACAAACCCUGCGUCGGAACACAAUGGGAAAUUCUUUCAUCAAUAACCGAACUGAAAACGAAGCUGUCCACAUGUAAUUUCAGGUGUCUUAUUACAAAAGCUGAUCUAAAACAGCCAUGGGCUCGUGAGGAACAUGGUUGCAUCUAGCCCAUGCAGUAACAUCUCAAAUUGUUAUGCCACAAGGUGCUACCAUCAAUGGUGAUGCAGCUAGCAUUAUCUUCAUCAGUUAUUAGCCAAUUACAUGACCAUAAGCAACUCUACUUAUUAUCGGAUUUGCUUAACCACUUAAAGACUGAGCUAAUUUUUGUUUUUUGCACUUUUUGUUUUUUCCUUCCCAAUUUCCAAAAGCCGUAACUUUUUAUGUUUUCCGUUCAGGGUUGUUGUUUUUUUUUUUUUUGUUUUUUUGUGGGACGUUAUAUUUUUUUAUGCCACUAUUUAACUUCCUAUCGCAUGGAUUGUGGGGUGAAAUGAAAUUUUUUUUGGGGAGUUUUGUUUUAUACAGUGUUGACUGUGCGCUAAAAAAGACACAAUGACCUUAUUUUGCAUGUAUGUAUGACAAUACUAAAUUACAUUUUUUGUUAUGUUUU